CAGCCACUUCCAUUUUAUUUAUUUUUCUACCAGUUGGAUGAGUUAUCUAAAAAUAUGUUAGAUCAUCUAAUUUUGAAUAAAUUGGCCGGACAAAUUAUAAUGACUAAAAAAUAUAUUAAGGAAGAUACUGUUGAAUUAAUUCAUGAUGAUCCGGCAAUUCCUCCUCAUCUGCAUGGAAACCUUACUAUAGAAGUAAAAUAUUUUUUUUAAUUUACAUUGUUGUA